AUGGAGAUUAAAAUUAUUAAAAAGAAAAGAACAAUGAGGAGAAGGAAACCCAAAUCCUUAUUCAAUAAUCUUCCCAUUGUACUUCAAACUAAAAUCUUUGGUAAGCUAUACAUGAAAGAAAAAUCAAAUGUCAUGUGUGUCUCGCAUUCAUGGCGCAAUCUCAUCCUAACCACAACACUACCAAAGGAGAAUCUAUUAGAUCCACUGAUGGAGGCUUCCAUUUCUUCUAAUCCAUAUAUUGAUUUGGAACAACUUUUUAAUUGGUGCUCAUUAGUGAUGAGUUGCAGGAUAAGGCCUAAAAAUCUUAUAGACACAUGCAAUGGAUUAUUUUUGUUUUGUCGCAAAGAUGGUCAGGCAAAUAAUAUAAUUCAUGGUGUAUAUCAUUACUUUGUCAUGAAUCCAAUAACAAAACAAUGUGUGGCUAUUCCGAAGCCUGUAGGACAAAUAUCUGGAGGAUAUUCCUAUGCUGCUCUAGCAUAUGACCAUAUAGAAUCUUGGUUCUUCAAGAUCAUACGUUUUCAAGGUCAUCGCCAUAUCAAUAUUUUCUCCUCUAUGACUGGUAUUUGGACUACAUUAACUAUUUACUUUCCUGAAUAUAUUAAUGAGUCUUAUUGGAUCAAAAAGUCUAUUUACUUAAAAGGAUCUAUUUAUCGACUCUCGUCUUCAGGACAUUUAUUGAGAAUUAAAGUUGAUCCUCAAGAGAAUGCCUCAAAACAAGUUGAGGUGAUAAAACUUCAUCCAGAUUGCCUUUUUGAUAAUUCGCAACUACAAAUAUGUUUAAAAGAUGAUAAGAUCUUACUGUUCUUAUCUAGAAGUGCAAAAUUUAUGUGUUUUGAACUUGUUGAAUGUGUUACAAAAGGUGUUAGCACUUACACAUGGAACAUGAAUCUUAGCAAAGAAAAUGAAAAUUUGUUGCCUCUCAAUACCAACGGCAAGCUAUUGUCCAUUUAUCCUUCCAAUGAUAUGGCGAUUUUCAAGAUUAAAAGACUUGUAUACUUUUACUUGUAUAAUUUAGAUGAUAACAACAUCGAGGAAAUUGGAGUAAUUCGAGACGAUCAAAUUAUGUUUGAAUACGAGAGCACAUGUGGAAAGCAGUUGUUUGAAUGCUUCAUCCCUUUUGCAUGCUGCUUAGAGAAGGAGGGUCAAAAACACUUUCAGCGACUGUUGGUUCCAAAGUGA